UGUGACGUUUUCAACAUCUCGUCCGCUAAGGAAAAUAUGCUGUUCUUACGCCUUCUAAUCCGGAGAAUUUCAACCUGGUAAUGAAAUUGUAACCAAAGAGGACAGCUAUGAAUUCAUAAACUCAAUUGAAGUGUUCCCGUCAUUUCAACAUCCACCCAAAAAGAACAACAGGACGUCUCGACAGGAACGUCUGGGUUUUGACAGCUUUCGACCGAAGUAGCAAGUUAUCAUUGCCCUGACUCUGAACCGCGAGGCAGUUUGUGGACCAACAGCAAGCCUACCCAUCUCGCCCUUUCCUGGCCAGGGUUAAUCGCCACACAGUGACAGGACUGUCUGUGUCGACUGCUGCCCAGAUGCCCGGUGGAGGAUGCCUUCGCAACAGCUAGACAUGGAGGUGAUGACCCCCCUCAUCGAGAACCCUGGAGGAGUAGGGCAGGAGGAGGAGAACUCUGAAGAGGACCAGGAUCCAGAGCUGCUGCCUGUCAGACACUAUGAGCUGGGAAACAGCCACCAGGGCAUCACGUUUACUCAGGCUCUCAUCCACCUGCUGAAGGGGAACAUUGGAACUGGAUUGCUGGGUCUUCCCCUGGCAGUACGCAACGCAGGGGUCAUAGUGGGGCCUCUUUGCUUGGUGCUGAUGGGUGUGGUCUGUGUUCACUGUAUGCACAUCCUGGUUAACUGUAGCCACCACCUGUGUAAGAGGUUGAAGAGACCUCCCCUAGGGUACAGUGACACAGUGGCCUUCUCCAUGGAGCACAGCUCCUACCAGUGCUUCAGGAAGAGUGCCAGAUUUGGGAGGCACCUGGUCAACUUCUUCCUGGUGUUGACACAGCUGGGAUUCUGCAGUGCAUACUUUGUGUUCCUGGCAGAGAAUAUAAAACAGGUCGUUGAGGGAUACCAAGGUGUAAACAUCACCCUGGCAGCUGAAUCCCUGUCAUUCGCCAACACCUCCAUGGUGCCAGCCCUGGUCCCUCUACCCACCAUGGUGCCCUCUGAGCCCUGGGCACUGGACCUGCGUCUUUACAUGCUCUUCUUCCUGCCCUUCCUCAUCCUGCUGGUGUUCAUGAAGGACCUGAAGAACAUGGCCGUCCUGUCGUUGCUGGCCAACGUCUGCAUGGCCGUCAGCGUCAUCAUCAUCUUCCAGUACAUCACGACGGAUUUUGGGGACCUUCAUCGUCUCCCUCUCACUUCCCCCUUGGGCAAGUUCCCCUUCUUCUUCGGAACAGCCAUCUUUGCCUUCGAAGGCAUCGGAGUGGUUCUUCCUCUAGAGAACCAGAUGAAGGAACCGAAGCGGUUCCCCACGGCUCUGAACAUCGGGAUGGGUAUCACCAUCGUCCUCUACGUUGUCUUGGCAACGCUGGGCUACCUCCACUUUGGUGACGACAUCAAAGGAAGCAUAACCCUUAACCUUCCUCACAAUGCUUGGACCAAUCAGAUGGUGAAGAUCCUGUACUCCUUCGGCGUGUUUGUCAGCUUUGCCAUCCAGUUCUUCGUCCCGGCGGAGAUCAUGAUUCCCCCGGUCCAAGCGAGGCUAAGGAAGAGCUGGAGGGCACCCUGUGAGAUGAUCCUCAGAGGCCUGCUCGUCUGCCUGACCUUCUCCUUUGCUGUGCUGAUCCCUCGUCUGGACCUGGUCAUCUCCCUGGUGGGUGCCGUGUCCAGCAGUGCCCUGGCCCUGGUCUUCCCCCCCCUGGUGGAGCUCAUCACCUUCUCAGACCGACCGCUGAAGCCAGCCAUGUUAGUCAAGGACCUUGUCAUCGCUGUGGUGGGCUUCAUAGGGUUCCUGGCUGGGACCUAUGUCACCCUGGCCGAGAUCGUCUCCCCAGAGGAGCCUCCGGAGGUCAUCAGGGAGGCAGCUCAGAACCUGACUGUUGCUGCUGCUACUGCUGUGGCUGGGGCCUUGGGGAUGUCUGAUGAGCUAGGUGGGAACUGGACCACACCUACUGCUGCUGUGACCUUGGGAUGACCUUAAAAUGACCUGUAGUCAUAGCUCCUAGGGCAGCAGGAGAUUAAAUGACGAGCAGACAAUGUGUUCACUUACAGAUUGUUUUUCAUAUGGUUGCUGGAUCCUUGUUUUGUCAAAUCUAUAGAAAAUGAAAUGGACAGCAUAGUCCCUGACGACGAUCUGACAGGAAUGCUCGAGUGUCCUUCCGCACAGUGUAGUCAUUGGAGCAUGAAAAAGUAGAACCAAACACACAUCAUAGAAACAUAGGAAAGACACUGUACUGUACACAGCCCUAACCACAUAGAACCCUUUCAUAUGGAUGUAAUGGACUGCGCAGACAUAAGAACAACAUUUGUGGCACACACACAAGCGUAAACAUCCCCAGCUAGCUUAUCCCACUCAUCACCAGUUCAGCACGUUGCCCCGCAGUGAUCAGAGUUCUCUCUCCAUCUCCAGCUGAGCAGUGUGACAUUUCCACUGCCUCAUCUCUAUCAGAGGGGAACAUCUCAUCAAAAACCAAAUCAUGAAUGUAUGAUGUAGCAGGGAAACAAGAGUCCUUCUAUAUGCAGGUCCCACAGAACAUCAUCUGAAACCAGAUUCUCCUUCUUGUAUUGUUGGUGAUUCGGUAACCUCUGAUAUGGUUUUUCAACCCUAGGGGAGUGGGGCCUGUAGCCGCUAUCAAUUCUUAUGAUAAAUGUUCCCUCCUAGCUGCUCGACUCCCUUCGGGCUGCCGCGCAGAUGAAAUAUCAGCCCACGCAGAGAAGCACGAGAUUGAACUCUACUUUCUACAGUUUUCCUCUUUAGUUAACACCAUCAACGUUUCACACUACUGUGGGAAUUUUGCUCGAAUCAACGCAAUAUUAGCCACUUUCAAUGUAACAUACCGGAACAAAACGAGCUAUGCAAGAUUUAGUAUGCAAAACUAACUGCAAGAGAUUUUCUUUUAGGCAGAGCGCAUUGGAAUAGGAUUCUAUAGAAUUGACAUGAAUAACUCAGGCCCAUAUGCUACACAGACUGGUGCACCAUAACCAAUCAGAGCUGCAGAAGGCCUAUAUGCAAAUAGCUAUUGCCAUAUAUGGAUCUGUGCCAUUCAGUUUGAACUGGACAGCAUGAGCGGUAUUGAGUAGAUGUUUUUGUUUUGAGAUCAAAGCGAGAACUGCAUGUAGCCACCUUUGCACAUUUGUUCAUAUUCUUUGCUAGUUAGCGAGUUAUUAGCACAUUUUUAGUCAACAAUCAGGGAGUGGUUGCUUCCUACAUGAACACAAAAUGCAUUUCUAGUCAUCUUUGAAUAGCAAGUCAAGUAAAGAGCUUUUUUUUUUGUCUUAAAUGGGAAGUGUUGUAUUUUGAGACGGUUUUGAAUACGCUAAAUAACCAGUAGGCAGAGGUUAGAAUCAUUUGUCUGAUCCUGGUAUGGGAAUAAUAAUCAAUUGUAUUUUGUAAAGUGGUUUCUUGCAUCAAACAACACAACCUUUUCAGUCAUCUUGCAUGUUUAAAAAAAAAAGUCUCAUGCAAUGUACAUUGAACACCACACAUUGGCUGUGACUGUAGGCUGAAUGAUAGAACAGCUAUUUCCAUGGUAACAUGUUAUGGGAUACAUUUUUCUCCAUUGUUUUGAUGGUAGGCCACUCUGGUAGACCUUCAGUAGGAUCAAAUAGCCACUGUAGCCUACUUGGCCACGGUUAAAAGUGUAACUUAAAGCGGGUACAGCCUCGGUGUUCAUAGUAAACUCGCGCCGGAAAUUGCACAGAAUUUUCACAAUGUUCAAGUUUGCGCUCAGCAGACCUGAAAUUUGCUCAGUGUCGGAAGGGAACAUUGAUUAUGAUCGACAACAACCUUUGAAAAUCAGAUCUGCUGUUACGAUCCUCAAUUCUGGCUUCAACUUUGACUCAUCUGCCCUGGGCUCUUUGUGUACCUCCGACCCAAUCAUCUGGUUACCCAAGUGAAAACACAGGUGAAACCGAGGCAGGAGAGCGUGCGUCCUGGUGAGACUCAGGCCACGGGAAAACCGGCCUUGCAGCUUGUCUUAUGGUUUAGUGUCUGUAGGAGCUAUACAGAUAGGAACACUAUCGAAAACCAAGAGACUCGGAGCCUUGCCCCUUCAUUCCCUGCCCCAUUUUCUAGACUUUUUUUGACUCCCCAAGGUCGAGCUCUACAGACACGUAGAAAUAACAUGAAUAUACCCUUUUACAGGCACAUACACUUUCUCAUAGACAAAUCAAUCAAGGCUCUUUGAUAUGUACAUUGUGAAGUUUAGAUAACAUUAUAGAUGCCUGCUGUUGGCAACUAAGAUGUGUUUUUGGCUACCUGUCUACUGGGGCUAUAUUUAACCAUGACUCAACCAAGACUCAAUUAUCAAAGACCUUCCAGGCUGCUCCCUGUGGCAGUAUCUUCCAACACAGCAAUAUGAUGUAUAUUUAUUUAUAGAUAUAGGAGAAAAUAAUGUUUAACACUGAAAUGUCUGUCUGUUCAAUAAUGAUACAGUAGAACUCAGCGAUGUCAGGAAGGAAGCCUUAACUGAUGAUCCCACUGGACAAAAACUGCUUAAAUCAAUGUAGUUUCCAUGUCAUUUCAACAACAACAAUUCAAUGUGAAUGUUGAUGUUGAACUGACAUCUUUGCCCAGUGGGAAAGCUGUGAUUGGCUUCUUCUAUGAGAUUGACAAUGAAAAGACCCACAUCAUUCCAUAUCCAUUGGUUUGUUAGUAUGUUUACCGGAGUGAGUGGUUGGUUCUGUCAGUGUAUCACAUGAUCACUAUAUCCUCUAUUCCAUUUCACUGCCUCUCAACAGACCAUUCUACAUGAUCACUAUAUCCUCUAUUCCAUUUCACUGCCUCUCAACAGACCAUUCUACAUGAUCACUAUAUCCUCUAUUCCAUUUCACUGCCUCUCAACCGACCAUUCUACAUGAUCACUAUAUCCUCUAUUCCAUUUCACUGCCUCUCAACAGACCAUUCUACAUGAUCACUAUAUCCUCUAUUCCAUUUCACUGCCUCUCAACAGACCAUUCUACAUGAUCACUAUAUCCUCUAUUCCAUUUCACUGCCUCUCAACAGACCAUUCUACAUGAUCACUAUAUCCUCUAUUCCAUUUCACUGCCUCUCAACAGACCAUUCUACAUGAUCACUAUAUCCUCUAUUCCAUUUCACUGCCUCUCAACCGACCAUUCUACAUGAUCACUAUAUCCUCUAUUCCAUUUCACUGCCUCUCAACCGACCAUUCUACAUGAUCACUAUAUCCUCUAUUCUAUUUCACUGCCUCUCAACAGACCAUUCUACAUGAUCACUAUAUCCUCUAUUCCAUUUCACUGCCUCUCAACAGACCAUUCUACAUGAUCACUAUAUCCUCUAUUCCAUUUCACUGCCUCUCAACCGACCAUUCUACAUGAUCACUAUAUCCUCUAUUCCAUUUCACUGCCUCUCAACCGACCAUUCUACAUGAUCACUAUAUCCUCUAUUCUAUUUCACUGCCUCUCAACAGACCAUUCUACAUGAUCACUAUAUCCUCUAUUCCAUUUCACUGCCUCUCAACAGACCAUUCUACAUGAUCACUAUAUCCUCUAUUCCAUUUCACUGCCUCUCAACAGACCAUUCUACAUGAUCACUAUAUCCUCUAUUCCAUUUCACUGCCUCUCAACAGACCAUUCUACAUGAUCAUGUCAUAGCUUUAGGUGUCCAAUUUGUCCCUCAGGAUUUUCUAAAGUCGUCUAUGGUAAUGAUAUUGUUCCGUCCAUUUAAUCAGUAAUCAGUACAGGUCACAUGCAGCAUCCGCACACUAGUGAAUUUAUGGUGCAAUAAAGUAACUACUACCUGGUAAUAACUCAACCUCCGCUCCCUAUUACCGUCCAACGACCUCUGUCUGACGCUGCUACGUUAUAAAACCUUUAAUGCUCAAGUCUUCAUUAUGUCUCAUUUGUUGCUCUGCCGUUCAACCUAAGUGUUGGUGUCAGACGGUGUUAAGCAACGUCACAGGGCUCCAACAGUCUUUUCCACACAACACCAACGUCACUCAAGACACGCUCAAUAACACCCAUGGUUUGUUCUGAGGGUGUCCUCCAGCGAGUUCCCCAAUUAAACCAACAUAAUCCUAGCUGAUCGGUGAUGAUGGCCGUUAGAUGGUACGCUAACACUUCAAGCUAACUUAUAAAAGAACAGCAUCCGCUCCUCUCACAGGUACCAUGCACCAAUAUGUAUUAAUGACUUGUUUUGCACAUUCAUCGUAUUUCGUUUUACAUGGAUGAGUUCCUCACUCCGCUGCUGUUCCCACCAUCACUCCCGAAUCCCGCCCAGACAUUCUAAAAUGAUUUGCUUUGUUGUGCCUUAAAGACAUCAAUUUAUCCCUGUUCUGUUCGUGGAGAAACCUUUUCAGUUGAAGCAAAGUGGAGGACGACAAUGAUUCACGGAUGGAUCCCUCCGCUCGGGAACAACUCUCACAAAUAAACGUCUCUCGCUGCAUAUUGAUAACCAAUGAGGAGUAGGAGUGUAAGGGUUGACAACAGACUACAGUUUUUACCACAUCUUCCAAAUAUAUUUCUAUUAUAAAGUUUCCUUCUGACAAAAAUGUUUAAGUUGUGUACCUUCGAAACGUUCCUACAAAGUUCAGUUGUUUCCUUUUUUGACUUAUAGCUUACUACUUUUCCAAGCUGGAAUGUUUUGUAGAAGUCUUUAGAAGGUGGUGGUACCUAUGGGCGGUAAUAGGAUCAUUACAGGUAUAAGACUAGGUUAUAUUUAGGUGGGGAUCAUACCGGGGCGGCAGGUAGCCUGGUGGGUAGGAGAUGUUGCUGAAUCAAGUUCCCGAGCCGACAAGGUAAAAAUCUGUCAUUUUGCCCCUGAGCAAGUCAGUUAACCCACAACAACAGUUGUUCCCCGGGCACCGACAAUGUGGAUGUCGAUUAAGGCAGCCACCUCGCACCUCUGAUUAAGAGGGGUUGGGUUAAAUGCCAAAGACACAUUUUUGAAUGCAUUGUUGUACAACUGACUAGAUAUUCCCUUUACUUUGUCUCAUGUGAGGAUAUACACUGAAUAUAUACACUGAGUAUACCAAACAUUAAGAACACCUUAAUAUUUCAUUUUUAUUUUUUAAACUUUUUAACAUCUACAUUGAUUUGAAGUGGAUUUAACAAGUGACAUUAAUCAUAGCUCUCACCUGGAUUCACCUGGUCAGUCCAUGUCAUGGAAAGAACAGGUGCUAAUGUUUUGUACUCUGUGUAUAUCAUGUACCACCUUUAUUAUGAAUUCAACCGAUGUAACACACGUUAUUAUGGUUGAAUAAAUUAGAUUUACUGAGGAAAGA